UGUCAAGUCGAUUUUUUCAGAAACUAAUUUUGACAGGCGACUGCCUGCAAUUUUAUUAAUAUAGAAGUAAAAACGUAUAAAUUACAAGUAAAAAAACAAUAACAAAAAUUUAAAAAAAAUGAAAAUUUGGACGUCAGAACAUAUUUUUAAUCACCCUUGGGAAACAGUAGCCCAAGCGGCAUGGAGAAAGUACCCGAAUCCCAUGAAUCCAGCUGUUGUUGGGACUGAUGUUGUUGAACGUAAUGUUGUAAAUGGAGUCUUGCAUACGCACAGGAUAGUCAGUUCAAAAUGGUACUUUCCUAAAUGGGCACAAGCUUUGAUCGGCACUGCAAAUGUGUGCUAUGCAAGUGAAAAAUCAGAAGUCGAUCCAAAAUCCAGGCGCAUGGUACUAAAAACAAUAAAUUUAACCUUCUGUCGUUAUAUUUCUUUAGACGAAAGGUUAACAUACGCGCCACAUCCAACAGACCCCGACAGGACACUUCUGAAGCAAGAGGCGGUUGUGACGGUGCAAGGAGUCCCCCUCAGUCACUACAUGGAGGAUCUUUUAGCCAACAAAAUCUCCUUAAACGCCGGCAAAGGCAGACAGGCAAUGGAAUGGGUCAUAAACAAAAUCAAUUUGGAAGUUAAGGAAAUCGCCAACUCGGCUGUGAAAUCAACAGAUGAGAUCUUGUCUCAGACCAAAAAAUCAAUAGAUGACAUUUCGACAUCAGCAAGGAAGUCAAUGGAUGAUCUAUCGACUGCUGCUAAAAAUACCCUGGAUGAUAUACAGAAUUUGGCCAAGAGCAGCGGGACGAAGCAGAAUAUACCGAAAUUUUAGCAAGAUUUUAAACUUGAAUUUUAGAUGAAUUGUUUUAUAUUUACAAUAUAAGAAUUUGAAAGACAAAUUAUGUAUGUAUAUUUUAUACCGACCACAUCAGAAAUAUAUAGUAUUUUAUAUACAUAAAAUGAGAUACAUUACACGCGAGUGUAUUUAAUUUCAAAUCUUAUAUGCAUAUAUUUAUUUUGAAAAUGUAUGUAUAUAACAAAUUCAUCUUAAUUUAUUUUAUUUAAAUAAUUGUGUACGAUGUGUUAACCAACCAAAUCUUUGUCAUAGCAAAUAAGUACUGAAAAUUUAGUCUUAGUAAAUGUGUAAAUAUCGAGCACCAUAUAUGUGGUUGACACAGAAAUUAGAUUGUCAUACAUUUUCUU